AUGCGUCUGUUGAACACUUCUACCCUCGAGCCGCAGGAGUUCGAAUACGGCAACAUCCCACAAUACGCCAUUCUAUCCCACAGAUGGGGCAAAGAGGAAAUCACUCUUCAGGAUCUGGAACAGGGCGUCACCAAUAAAGCGGGAUAUAAAAAGGUCCAGCAAUGUUGUGAGAGGGCUAAAUCCGACGGGUUCGACUAUGCUUGGGUCGACACCUGCUGCAUCAACAAGACAAGCAGUGCAGAACUGUCUGAAGCCAUCAAUUCCAUGUACCUCUGGUACUUUCAGGCGGAUAAAUGCUAUGCGUACCUAUCGGAUGUCUAUGAGCAACAUGAAUUGGAGAAAAGCGAAUGGUUUACUCGAGGAUGGACUCUUCAGGAGCUACUCGCGCCAUCAGAGGUCUACUUCGUCGAUGCCCAAUGGAACGAUCUUGGGACAAGGUCGGAGCUUCAAGAAACAAUAUCAAAGUGCACCGGCAUACCUUUUGAUGUCCUUUCGGGCGAAGACGAUCUAGAAUCCGUGAGCAUCGCAAUGAGAAUGUCAUGGGCCGCAAAGAGGAGGACACAAAGACUCGAAGAUCGUGCUUACUGCUUGAUGGGUAUAUUUGGCAUCAAUAUGCCAUUGCUGUAUGGAGAGGGCGAGCGAGCUUUCAUCAGACUCCAACAGGAAAUCAUGAGAACUUCAGACGACCAGAGCCUUUUUGCGUGG